AUGACACAGGCUGCUGUCGGGGUGACCCCCGCACUGAAGGAGGGUGUCUGUCCCCGGUGUGACAUCCUGUGUGGCUGUCCCCGGUGUGUCCCCGGUGUGAAGGUGUCUGUCCCCGGUGUCAAGGUGUCUGUCCCCGGUGUGACAUCCUGUGUGUCCCCGGUGUCUGUCCCCGGUGUCUGUCCCCAGUGUGAAGGUGUCUGUCCCCGGUGUGACAUCCUGUGUGUCCCCGGUGUCUGUCCCCAGUGUGAAGGUGUCUGUCCCCGGUGUGACAUCCUGUGUGUCCCCGUGUGUGUCCCCGGUGUCUGUCCCCAGUGUGAAGGUGUCUGUCCCCGGUGUGACAUCCUGUGUGUCCCCGUGUGUGUCCCCGGUGUGAAGGUGUCUGUCCCCGGUGUGUGUCCCCGGUGUGACAUCCUGUGUAUUCCCGGUGUUUGUCCCCGGUGUCUGUCCCCGGUGUCUGUCCCCGGUGUGACGGUCGUGUGUCCAUCCCCCCGCAGGUUGCUGUGGUCCCUGGCGGCUCCCUGCGCCCUCCUCACCCUGGUCCUCACCCUGGUCCUCGGCCUGCUGCUGCUCGGGCUCCGCUUGUGGCUCCAGAUCCGCCGGAGGAGCCGGAGGAGGAAGAGCCGGGCGGAGGGCGGCGGCGGCCCGGCGGUGGCCUUCUUCCACCCGGACUGCAGCGCCGGAGGAGGCGGGGAGCGGGUCCUGUGGAGCUCGCUGAGGGUCCUCAUGUCCCGGUUCCCUGACGUGUCCUUCGUGGUCUACGCUGCUGACCAGGGACUGACCGCUGAACAGAUUCUGGAGGGAGUCCGACAGCGUUUCAAUGUCACGCUGCCUCGACCAAUCACCUUCACCUUCCUGCGUCACGGCGCGCUGGUGGAGGCGACCUCUUACCCUCACUUCACUCUGCUGGGCCAGAGCGCCGGCUCCCUGCUGCUCGGCUGGGAGGCUCUGACGGCCUUUGUUCCCGACCUCUACGUGGACUCGAUGGGCUUCGCCUUCACGCUGCCGAUCUUCCGCUACCUCGGCGGCUGCGCGGUGGCGAGCUACGUCCACUUUCCCACCGUCAGCACGGACAUGUUGUCUGUGGUCAGAGAGCAGAGCCCCAGGUUCAACCCAGCCUUCCUCUCCAGGAGCCCGGUGCUGAGUGCGGUGAAGCUGGUGUACUACGGCUGCUUCGCUCUGCUCUACGGUCUGGCCGGCUCCUGCAGCCACGUCAUCAUGGUGAACUCCACCUGGACACUGGGACACAUCCUGGCCCUGUGGCGCUCUCCCAGCCGGACCACCGUCGUCUACCCGCCCUGCGACAUCCGGGCUUUCCUGGACGUACCGCUGGAGGACGAGGUGGAGGAGGGCUGGGUGGAGCUGGGGGAGGAGCUGGUGAGUGGAGAGGAGGAGGGGGGGGGGAGGAAGUGUCAGUCUGUGGUGUCAGUGGCUCAGUUCCGGCCGGAGAAGGACCACAGGCUGCAGAUCCAAGCGUUUAGCAAACUGUUGGACAGGAAAGGGGAGGGGCCUGGGGGCAGGGAGUCCUUGCGGCUCGUGCUGAUUGGUGGAUGCAGGAACCAGGAGGACGAGGACAGGGUGCUGAUGCUGCGGGGGUUCUGUGAGGAGCUGGGCGUGUCCGACCGGGUCGACUUCAAACUGAACGUCCCGUUUGAGGAGCUGCAGCGGGAGCUGGUGAGCGCCACCAUCGGCCUGCACACCAUGUGGAACCAGCACUUCGGCAUCGGUGUGGUGGAGUGCAUGGCUGCAGGCACCAUUGUUCUCGCCCACAAGUCCGGAGGUCCACAGCUGGACAUAGUGGUCCCGUACGAGGGUGGACAGACGGGGUUCCUGGCCGACAGCGAGGACAGCUAUGCCGCCGCCAUGGAGACCAUCCUGGCGCUGUCCCCAGCAGACAAACUGGAGAUCCGGCGAAACGCCCGGCGCUCGGUGGAGCGCUUCUCCAACCGGGAGUUUGAGGCUUGUUUCCUCGCUGCUAUGGAGCCUCUGCUGAGUAAACUGGAGUGAUGAGGAGGAGCCGACGUGGCCUGUUGGUGUCUACUGGUGUCCACUGGUGUCCACUGGUGUCCACUGGUGUCCACCAAGGGGCAGCUCUUCAUUUGUUCUGCUUCUUAGGGUGAGGAUUCAAACAGACCAGGCUUCCAACUCUGGCAAUAAACUUUGACAUGUUGUCUCAUCCCCAUUAAAACAAAUAGAAAAGGACGUUGACAUGUUAAGACGAGUCUCUGCUGGACACUCGGAGAUUAAACUUCUGAUCCACUGUGAUAAGUUAACAGAAAUCAGAACCACACAGGACGUCAGCAGUGAAACACGACGAUCAGAGACGAUGGAAUUCAACCAGCAGCCUUGAAAAGCACUUAGUGAAGUCAAGUGAUUGUUUUGGUUCGUCACUCUCUGCUGAUUGGUUAACACAGGGGUCUUCAACGUCUUUCAGGCCAAGGACCCCCAAACUGGUGGAGAGAUGGAGCAGGGACCCCUACUAUAUAUAUAUUGUAUAAAAUUGUGUUUUAUAUUAAACUGGGCCUAGUGCCAUGUAUAAACAUAGCUACCCUGUUAUUGUGCAUUCAAUACUAAGCUAUAUUAAAUUGGUUCGAGAAUAAUAAAAAAAUUGUCUAAUCAACCAAAGAUUUCGCGACCCCACUGCAGUACCUCCGCGGACCCCUAGGGGGUUAACAGGUCCUCAGGUGAAGUUCAGGCUUCACUGACGUGAGAGUCUUGUUUUAAAGUCACUGUGAAUAAUCAGUCGACUGAAAGAGCAGCUGUGCUAAUAAAUGAUGGAUUAUUUAAACCUGCUCCAUGUUAGCAGACGGGACACGGACCAAAUUAGACAUUAAAUAAAUGUUUGUAAAGAUGCUCCUGAUUGGUUGAGAAUGUGUAUGGGAGGGACCUCGAUACCCCGGCUCCACCCCACGAUCAAUAGAGCGCUGGCACCGACUGCAAAUGAUGUCAUAACCACAAGAUGGCAGCGUUUGUAUCUGAGAUAUUUUAGCUGCGUUUUCUGAGGAAGUGGAAACAUCUAGUCUCACAUUAUACUUUUUUUUUACACUUGUAAAAACACAUGUAUUGACAUCAUUGCUGCAUUAUACCAACAAAGAAAAUAAUGGAUAAUUAUUGAUUAAAUAAUUUAACAUUAUAAUCAGUAGCAGCUUUAUUGUGUAGGAGAUUGAGAUUGUUGUCGGGUGAUGGAGAAACUGAGUAAUGUGUUAAUUAUAAGAAGCUUUAUUUUGCAGGAGCCGUUACUACUGAUGUUCUCGUUUCACUGAGAAUAAGAAAUCAUGCAAAAAUACUGUAAUAAUUAUACACAACUAGAACUAGAUGAACUAGUUAGCUGCAGAGUCAUUUGAAUUAAGGCUUAGUUAGAGUUUAAACUCUGAGAAUCAAUAAUUUUACAUUUACUGUGACUCAUCAUAUUUAAAAUAUAUUCAAACAUAUUCCAAACACAUCAAUGAGAAACUGUGAAGACUUGUUUAUUCUGCCUGGACGUACGAAAAGUGCUGCGUCCAUUUCAAAGCAUGAAGCCGUCACUGCUCACGUACUCCCACGUGUGCUUUGCAUUAGCAUGGUUGUUAAGCAAAACAUCCACUAGAGGGCAGAGCCGAGUGUCUGACCACACCAAGCGUUUUAACUUAUCAUCCUCAAAGCAUUUGGUUAUUGUUAAAAUGUCUUUGUAUCUUAUGGUUGUUUCGUAUAAACUAUCUGCGACACUGCCCCCUCAGCAUGUCGGUGGUACUGCGUCUGUUUCCUCAGUAAUGAGCCUUUACACAUUCCUUCAUCACAACACACACACACACACACACACACACACACACACACACACACACACACACAC